AGAUUUUCUCCCUCGCUCUGAGUGCAGGUUGUAAAGACUUAAAGAUAGGCUUAAUGUGUCUUUAUUUUAUUUUAUAAAAUAUAACCCAUGACUUGUACAUAGCAAAGAGUAGUGCUAAUUACUGGAAAAUAAGGAAUAUAUUGACAGGUUGGACGUAGUUGUAAAAUCCGUCAAAGUUGCAUUGGAGCUAGCAAAGGACACAAAACUGUAACGUUAACACUAGAACCCGAGGUCACCAGGUCAUCUGAAAUUAGCACCAUCGUUAACGUUUCUAAAAUGGACAGUGAGGAUGAUCUGGACAUUUUGACGGCCCUGCUGGCCGAGAGCGAGGGCGUCGGAGAAGAACAGGACAGUCAGGAGCAGGCAGACGACUUGGACGGCCUGUUUGACGAUGACAAUGAUGAGGAGGAGGAGUACAAAGAGGGCGUCGAGGAGGAAGGGCAAGAUGGGGCAACAGAAGACGCAGUGUCAGAUCUCUUUGGUGAUGUGGAUGACAUUGAAAAUGAAGAGAAAGACACUAAAAGAAAAGAGAGUGGAGGAGAAGCCUGUGAGAGCCUGGACAGGUCCAAGGAGGAUUUACAAGAGGAGCUGAGGCGCAUGCAGGAGCAGAUGCAGCGGUUGCAGCAGCAGCUGGAAGCAAGCCAGAAGGUUUCCGCCUCAUCUUCUGCUCCAGCUACGACUGCAGGGAGAUCAGCUGGUCCCAAACCAAUGACCCCCAAACCGACACCCCCUCGACAGCCGACUUCCAAACUGAGCCAGGCCAAACCAGCCACUACCACACAGAAGACCAAGACACAAGCAGCAGCAACAUCUUCAUCCACUCCGGUCAGAAGAGAGAGUCUGAAGCUCCAGGAGUCCUCUGACUUUUUUGAUCAGCUGAAUAAUGCUGACUCCUUCAAACGCAAACCCAGGGUAGCUCACCAUCCCAAACCCAGCACAUCACCAGAAGACAGAGGGCCACUGGUGGAGAUUAAGAUUGGCAGCUCCUUCCAGCCAAUAGCGAGCACCAGCAAGGUUUACAAUCCUCUGUGUUCACCUCCACCUUCUCAGAGCACAGCUGCAGGACAGCCUAAACCUUCUCCUCUUCCUCCCCUUCCUAAAGAUGUGGCUGUUGAGAAGUAUUCAGGACUGCGUCUCAGAAAACCACGGGUUUCCUCCAGUGAGAUGGACCGCAAGAUGGCUGACCGCCGUCUGAUCCGUCUGUCGCAGGUGCCGGAGCGUUUGGCUCGGGAGAAGCUGGAGGACAGCGACUGGGUGACCUUCGCAGUGCUGGUCAACAAGGUCACGCCACAGAGCAGCAGCAGUGGCAAAACCUUCAGCAUCUGGAAACUGAACGACCUCCAUAACCUGGAAGUGUUUGUGUCUCUGCUCCUGUUCGGCGACGUCCAUAAAGAGCACUGGAAGACGGAGCCGGGCACUGUCAUCGGAAUCCUCAACCCUAACCCCAUGAAGCAGAAAGAUGGAUAUGACGGGGUGAGCCUGACGGUCGAUCACCCACAGAAGGUGUUGCUGAUGGGUGAAGCUCAGGACUACGGCACCUGCAAGGCCAUGAAGAAGAACGGAGACCCCUGCUCUCAGAUCGUCAACAUGUACGAGUGCCAGUUUUGUCAGUAUCACGUCAAGGCCCAGUAUAAGAAGAUGAGCUCAAAGAGGGCCGAGCUGCAGUCGUCGUUUUCUGGAAAAGCUCCCAACAAGGUGAAGGGGAAGGGGAAGGGCGGCAGCCUGAGAGAGCGGCUGUGUCAGGACGGCUUCUACUACGGCGGUGUGUCCUCAGCCGCCUGCGCCUCGUCACUAACGGCAUCCAAACCGAACAAAUCCACCCAGAAGACUCUGGACAAGCUGUUUGUGAAAGGCUCGGCUCAGCUCGUCGAUCAGGCCAAGAGGCUGGCUGUGCAGUCCGGUGAAGUUUCAGGUUGUUCAAAUGAAUUUAAGAGCCUGAUGUCAGUGCCGACACCCGGAGCUCUGCAGCUGAAGAAGCACUUAGCACAGGGCAGCCAAACAGUCUCCAGAGAUGCAGCUGGAGUUCCAAUUCAGUCCAUUUCAGCCUCAGACCUGCUGAAGCAGCAGAAACAGAAGCAGCGGGAGCUUCAGCAGAACCGCCGGCGGAGGGCAGACGAGAUCCAGAAGAGGGUGCUGCAGAGCUCAGCUGGGCCCAGACCCGGGUUGUCGUCGUCCUCCUCACUUGGCCGGGGUGGUCUGAUGUCCCCGAAAGCAGCUUCUGAGGUCCCCAAGGCCACCCAAAGCCCUGCGGCUCCCCACGCCCCCACGCUGGGCCGAGGCUUCUCUGAGGGUGAAGACAUCCUCUUCUUUGAAAACAGCUCGCCCCUGGCGCCCGCCCCCAGCACUCUCAGCCUAUCAGCCGCCAAGCUGGCUGCUCUGAAGAAGCUGAGAGCGAAAGGGGCGGGGCUUGAAAAGGAAGACCCCAACGCUGUAAAGAGGAAGAGGAGUAACGACAGUGAGAUCAACGCCCGAGUGGAGAAGAAUCUGACCUCACCCAAGGGUGAGUCAUCCAGUGUUGAGGAUGAGGAACCGGCCCAGAAGAAGAAGCGAGAUCAACUCCUCUACGUGCAGUCAGAGGAGUUUCAAAAGAUCCUCAACGCCAAAUCUUGCCACGGGGUUGUACUACAGGCGGCGGAGUACCAACUGCAGGAGCGCUACUUUGAUGCUCUGGUGAAGAAGGAGCAGAUGGAGGAGAAGAUGAAGGGCAUCAGAGAGAUGAAGUGUCGUGCUGUUACCUGUAAAAAGUGUAGUUACACCUACUUCAAGCCGGCGGAUCGUUGUGUGGAGCAGAAUCAUGAUCUGCGGUGGCACGAUGCCAUGAAACGUUUCUUCAAAUGUCCGUGUGGACAGAGAGCCAUCGCUCUAGACAGACUGCCCAACAAACACUGCAGUAACUGUGGUCUGUUUAAAUGGGAGCGUGAUGGGAUGCUGAAGGAGAAAGCUGGACCAAAGAUCGGUGGAGAGCUUCUCCAGCCCCGCGGAGAGGAGCACGGCAAGUUCCUCAGCAGCAUGAAGUGACAGCACCAAGCUGCUUGUUGAGGGAACAGUGUGUAUUUUUAUGUUUGUAAUUUAAGUGUCUUAGUAGCAUUUUUACAUUGUGUAUGAAUUAUGUUUAAUGUUUUAUUAUUGGUUAUGGAGAUUUGAAUGUCUGUGAUAAUAUUGGACAUGCUGAACAUAAGCUGAUUAAAGUAAUAAUUUGCAACAUUUCAUGUCAAAUAUCUGUUUCUACUCAGCUGAUAGAACACUGUAGUAAUGAAAAGCUGAGCACACAGAUCCUGGUGCAAAUCUGGAAAGUAUGGAAUCACUUAAUACUGAUUUAAAGUAUGAUGGCAAACGUUUUUUCCAAUGUAAUGAUUAGUUUCUGGACUGGGCUUAAUAGUCCUUUUUCCCAAAAGACCUUCUGACAUGUCACAGUAGGAAAAGCACCGGUUUAAAUAAUAGAAUUAAUGAUGGCUGAAUUCCAUUUGCGUGUCUGCUUCAGUUUCAUCUUGCUAUUGUGAAUGCUGGCUCACUGUCAUGGCUAACAGGGACACAGAACUGAGCCUUUGUUAAUGUUAUUAUGAACACCUGUGCUUUUCCUACUGUGACAAGUCAGAAUGUCUGCUGUGAAAAAUGGCUGUGAUGUAAGAUACAAGCUUAAAUGUAAACCCAACUUCAACUCUAUAUAUUCAAAUGCUUCUUGCCUUUAAUAUACAGUAUGAAAACCAGCAUGUUCCUCAAGUGAACAUAAACAACAAAUAUUACUCAAUCUGAAAAAUAAUCCAUGGAACAAUGGUGUCUUCUAGUUAUGUCCUGCUGCACUGGAUGGUGGACAGCUACUGUUAAGUCUGAGCAGAAAAAGUUUCAGCCAUCUAAAACAUCAAUGUUUUUUUUUUUUUUUAUUCUGUCAGAAUCUCAGAAUCUUCUUUCUGUAGUCAACCUUCUGCAUCAAAAUUUAGGAAUCAUACAAUGCAUCGGAGAAGAGACUUUAGAAUGCAUACACCCACAUAAUGUGAAGCACAUUGAAGACAGAUUGAGUUAUGGGGAUGUGAUUAAAGCAGCCUUUUCUUACCUCCUGCUCGGGUUGUUGAAAGGUACCCUGGGAAAUGUAGGAACCCACUGAAGUAUAAAGAUGAGGCAGGUUGCUUAUAUAACAAUAGUACUUAACAGCACUUGUUUAUUAUAUCAAUAGGAAGUUAUUACAUUACUGCCUUUAAGAAGCCCACUUACUGUUUCAUAUUUCUUUAACAGUAGGAUAUUUGGGUCGUAGGGUCUGAACCAGUCAUCUAGGACACAAACAUCUUCUAACACACUCCAUGUGUUGCCGUGAUGACUGUUGAGGCCAGGUGGCGCUCACUCAAGUCUGCGAGCCAAUCCACGUGGCCUUGAACAGAACACUUCUGAGGUGGAAACAGUACAUAAAAUAAGGCUUUUGGAUUGGAAGCUGUGUGGUAGCAAGUACAGAGUGCCAUGCCACAUCAUUUUGAGCAUUUCAUUUGUGCUCAUUAUCCCAUUGCUACUUCUUCUCCCCCCCCUCCAUCUCCUCUGUCUCUCCUUUGCCCAGUUUGUGUCUAAUAUUUCCACUCUGGAAUGUGACUUUCAAUUCAGCCUGAUGACUUCUGCAGCUCUUCUCUUUUAUUCCACACCGCCUCCCUCCCUUUAAAUACUCCAAAUACCAGACAGUGCUAGUGCGAGUUUAAACACAUCAGUGGUCUGGGAAUCAGGAAACUCAUCUUCAUUUGUCAUUUUGACUUAAAGACAUUAAGUCAUUUUGGUAACACUUCAGAUUACAGCCCACAACGUACAGCGUAAUUACUCCAGAGUUACGGUGUAAUCUUUUGUACUAACAGUGUGCCAGUACAGUAUGUACCAGUACAAAUACUGUAUGUAGGUACUGGGGAACAAGAUGUGAAGUUAUGGAAUAAGGGGGUAACAAUGCGGGAUCUUACAAAGAACGUAUACUGUAGUUAUUUGUAACAAGGGGAGAACUAACAGUGCUUUAGAUUACAGCCUGCAUACCCUGUAGUUACUCUGUAACUAAAUGUAACAAGGGGAGAACUACCACAGCCUAUACUGUAACUAUAAAUUCUCUCUAAAUUCCUCCCAAACAUCCAGAUUAUUGCUCAAUAGGUCAUACUUACCCUGUAAUAAUAGAAUAGGUACCCAGAAGUUAACAAACAACUACACUACAGUAUAAGUUCUAUGUAAUAUCCCACAUUGUUACCCCCUCAUUCCAUAACUUCACAUCUUGUUCCCCAGUACCUACAUGUAUAUUAUAUGUAUGCAUAUAUUGGUAUGUAGGCCUAGUGUGUUUGUACAAAAGAUGACACCAUAACUCUGGUGUAAUUAUGCUGUACAUUGCAGGCUGUAAUCUAAAGCGUUACCGUUGUUUUCUUUGCAAAAAUAAACUGCCAAAACAAGUCAGUUGUUAAUGUAAGAGACUGAUUUAUUGCUGCUAAUGCCUCAGGCUGACAUAAAGGACACUGUGUAGCUGGUAUGUACAUGUAAAAAAAAGCAGUAAAAACAAGCAUGCAAAACAUAUAACCUCCAUUCAAUAUGAUAUAGUGUAGUUUACAAUACAAAAACUGCACUUUUAAUACAUUUUACAGUUUGACAUGGAGACACAUUGCGCAAUUUAUUUUUAU